UCGUUGAUUAAAAGCAGCAGACAUUUAAAUCGAUUUUAACAAAUAUAGGUUGUGAAAUGGACAUACUUCUCAUGGAUUCUAUUUUUAGUUGGAUAGUUCACGGAUACGUACCCACACAGCACACGGAUUUAUAUAUAGAACAAGCAUGCGCGGAUCCAGAAAAGUUAUCCGGUCUGAGUACCUCACUGUGUAUUAAGUUAUUACAUCACACACGAGGUGGACAUGAAAACAACAACUGAUAUCUCGGACGUUACCGUCUCUUCCAAAGAUGACUCCAAAGGCACAAUCGCUAAUUUUCUCCUCUCGGCUGUGAUGUUACUUAUUUGUAUUUUCUGCUGUAAAGCAGGUAGAAACAUCUGUGAAUGCAUCAAGUCCUCCCUUCUCCAGGGUGUUAGAUCUACGUGCUGUGAUAAUGCCUCGAGUAGAUUAACGUGUUGUGAUGAUGUGUCUGAUAGAUUGACGUGCUGUGAUCAUGUCUCCUGCGACUGCAGUAGCUGUUUGAAAAGGAUCCAUCAAGGCAGGGAAGCACUAGCAAGUAGAGUACGUGAAUACUGGGAAAGGUACAGAAGCAAUAGCAGGAACAAUGCACACACUGAAGCGCCACCUACAGUUACGUCUUCCCCCGAUCGUUUGCUGCUGGACGACCAUUCAAUACAUUCAUCCCUGAACGAGGACUAUUCUCACCCAUCCCCGACACAUAUCCCCCCGCCAUCCUAUGGCAGCGUUGUCACUGCAUCCUCUUGUCCACCUCCUAGUUAUGAGGAGUUUCAGCGCAUGGAUGUCAGCACCAAUGCCAUCAUAAGAGCACUUUCUGCUGACUCUGUUAUACCUGCACAAAAUGACUAUGAUUCUGACGACUCAUUUGUGAGUGCCAUUAGUUAUCAACUUGCAAAUUCUACUGAGGGAAUUCCCGUGCUUUUUGACAGUAUUUUAAAUAACUCCUCGCAACCAUCAUCUUGUUAUGAGGAUUUUCAACGCAUGGAUGAUAGCAGCCAUACAAGCAAUGCAGCCAGAGCACCAUCUUCCUGCUUUGUUCCAUUGCCACCAACUGACGAUUCGUUCCCGAAUAACGAUAGUUCUCACCGUGCAAAUUCUAGCCAGGGUCCUCCACCUCCCUCCUAUGACAGUGUUGUCACUGACCCCGCACUACCACCCCCUAGUUGUGACGAAAUGUAAGGCACAGGAGUUAGCAGCACUAGAAGCAAUGCAAACAUUAGAAGAUCACUCAUCUUCUCUUCAUCCUUAUAAAGAAACGAUCAUUAUAUAUAUUCAUCUAUGAACGAGUACAAUGCUCGCGCAUCAGUGACCUUAAGUUCUCAAUUGUACUGUAACAAUUUAACAAGGCUGCAUUUACAUGAAUGCUUUUAAAUCCGUAAUAUUAAAACGGAGAAAUAUUUGCAUAAUAAGGUUUGAAUGUGUAAAAGAUGCCCGUAUUAAAAGCACACACACGCAUAGAAAUAUAGAUAUAUAUUAUAUAUAAAAGACGCCAAAGUUUGAUGGUCACGCCAAAGAGUCGAUAAGCCAAAAUAUGCUGUAAUGAAUGUAUUAAUAAGUCAAUGAUUUAUUUAACAAAUCUAGGAAAUCAAACCAGGCGGUGCUGCUUAUUAAAUACUUACCAUAUUUGUUUCUUCUUCUUUAUUCUUGAUUCAAUUUUAAAACUUGAGAUAGGGUAUGAUUAUAAAGCAAAGAGAGCCGAGUGUUUCUUAGAAGCCCUAGCUGUAGAUGGAUGGAAGAAAAAAAGGAUCUGUUAUCCUUAUAUCUGGUUACAAUGCAUGAAAUAUUGCUCUUAUUGUAAAGCUUUUCCAAUUUUUAGGUAACCUUAGCUACAUACGAGACCUAUUGCUUGCUAUUGGUCUUUGUCCGUCAUGGUACAUCGUCCUUUGUACGACGUAUGUCGUGCGACGUAAAUCGUGCUUUAAAAAUUUUACAUUUUUAAACUUUUUUCUUGAAAACUACACUGUACAAGGCCCUAUUUCAUCAUUUUGUAUUUGAAGCAUCUCUAGGGCAAGAAGAAUCUAAAUUAUGAAAUUGAUGACUUGAGAUGUAACAUCCCUGUGGCCUCAUGGGCUGUUUCAUGUGUGUUUCAUACCCCUGACCUAGAACGUAUAUAAUGGCUUUGCAGCGACGAUACAAAUAUAUAUUUCAUACUAAGAACAUCAGUAUUCAAGUCUUGAAAAAGAAUGAGUCUAUUCUUUUGUGUUGUUAAUAUUAAUACACAACACAUGUACAAACGUCUAGAUGAUACGUAGAAUCAACAUAGGUCGGUGCCAUGUUGAGUCAGGGUUCAGUAUCUGCUAAAUAUCCAGAACAACGGACGAUUAGUUUAUUGUAAAGUUUCUAUUGCACACCAAAGUCUGAAAAAUAUCACAGUUGAUUUAUAAGGUUUAUCGACUGUUAACUAUAGUUUCCAAACAGCAAACUACAGCUAACAAUUCCAGUUUUCACCUAUAAAAACAUACUUCAUGGCUGUAAACUAUAGAAUGGUAUUCAAAUGUAAAUAAAAGUUAACAAUAAAUUUUGCUGACAAAGACAAUUUCACAUCUGUUAACUAUAAUUCGAUAACUAUAAUAAAGUGUUGUUAAUCACAGUUUUACAAACCGUGAAACUAUAUCAGAAAAAACUAUGUUUUGCAAUCGCAAAUGGUUAUUUUUAGUGUUAGCUAUAGUUUCCACCUCUAGAAUAUAGAAGAUCGCCAUAACUAUAUGCUUUACAGAAAACGGCGCUAAAUAUUGUUUAAUUUUCUGUCCACAAAGAACAGUUCACAACUUAUAAACUUAGUUUACAAAUUUUGACAGUGAAUUGAUGUUAGCUCAUAUGUUUCCGUAUAUUGACUCAAUCAUUGCCU